CAGGUAAUCACGCGCCAAAUUGUAAACCGGUACACAUAUUUGAUCUGAAACUUAAUUGAUCUGUAACAUCGAACAGAAUCGGAUUUGAAGCCAGGACUUUUGGUUUGUCGUUAAAAGAUUUGAAUUGAUUCUCCAAUUUUUCUACCGUUUUUAGCAUCUCCACUGUUUAUUAUACUGAAUCACCAAAAUGUCUAAGAAAAAGGGUGUUAGUGCUGAAGACAAGCGCUCCCGUAUGUUGGAGUUGUUUUAUGAGAAAAAAGAAUUCUUUCAGUUGAAGGAACUUGAAAAGAUGGGACCCAAAGAGAAAGGAGUUAUUGCUCAGUCUGUGAAGGAUGUUAUAAAGAGUCUUUGCGAUGAUAACUUAGUUGACGCUGAGAAAAUUGGAACGUCAGUCUACUUCUGGGCUUUUCCAAGCAAAGCUGUGCAUGCCAAGAAAAGGCAGCUUGAAGAUCUCAAGAGCCGCCUUGAAGAGGCUAACAAAAAGUUAAAAACAUCCAGAGAGAAAGUCAUUGCUAUAAAAGUGGGGCGUGAGGACACAGAAAAACGACUGCAACUCCUCCAGAAGCUGCAGACCAUGAAAGGAGAAGAAGACAAACUAACUCUUGAAAUCCAGAAAUUCAGAGACUCUGAUCCUGAAGCUCUAGAAAAGAUGAAAAAGGAAAUCAAGAUAGCCAAAGAGGCCGCCAACCGCUGGACUGACAAUAUUUUUUCCACUAAAUCUUGGAUCAAAAACAGACUCUCUUCCAUGGAUGAUGAUGUUUUAGAUAAGAGAUAUGGUAUACCAUCUGAUAUGGACUAUAUUGACUAAAUAGGUGUUACAAGAAUUUGUUUAAUUUUAAGAUAGGAUGAGACAGGAUGAGAUAAUUUGUACUUUUUACUUGGAUGGAUGCAUUAAGUUAUUACUCUGCCACAUGACUGAUUUUUUUUUCAUGCUAAAAUAACAGGAAAAUGGCAAUAAACAGACAAUUACACUUAAA